AUGGAGAACGCCACCUACUGCUGGGUGGGCAUUUUCUCGCGCAUCGUGGUUAUCAUCGCGCUGGGCGGGCUCGCGGUGGCGCAGAUCAUCGCUUCCAGCUCCAACUUUCACCGCAUGAUCCCCGCGCUCUCCAAGCGGUCAUGGGCGCUCGUGUUCGGCGGCGUCGCAAUGCUGAUGAGCCUGAUCCCCAGCUUCCGCAACUUCCGCAUUUUCUCCUUCAUUGCACUAGUAGCCACCACCUUUACCGCCUGGUACAUGGUGGCAAUGGGCAUCAUCGGCUACAAUGACGAGGGACUUCAGUCCGUGGCCUGGACGGACCAGACGCCACCCAGCCUCGAUGGCUUUUUUGCAGGCGCCUCCAAUAUCAUUUUCACCUUUGGCGGACACGCCAUGCUGCUAGAGGUGAUGGACAGCAUGUUCAGGCCCUUCAAGUUCCACAAGGUCUUCUAUUGGAGCUACAACUAUGUCUACACGCUGGUCAUGCCUAACAGCGUGUUCAUCUAUUGGGGGCAAGUAUGGCCAGCGCAGGCCGAGCAGUAUGGCAAUGUUUACGGAUACAUGCCACCAUCGGUGGCCCGAGACUUUUCUAUCGUGCUGAUGGUCAUUCACCAAGUCAUCGUCUUCGGCUUGUUUGCAUUCCCCAUCUAUUACAUGGUGGAGAAGCUGUUUAAGGUUCACACUGGGGCCUACUGGAAGCGUCUGGCAUGCCGGGUGCCCGUCGGCUUGCUGCUCUGGCUCAUCGCACUGGCCUUCCCCUUCUUCGGAGUGAUCAACGACCUGCUCGGCGCCUUCACCACCACGUUCGAGGCGCGCUGCACCUUCAUCAUCCCAUGCCUCGCGUACAACAUCCAUUAUCAGCUCAAGAAGAAUGCGGCGCAGAAUCGGCUCGACUGGGUCAUCAUCGUGUUCACGGCCAUUUUUGGCUUUGGCCUGGGAGGCUACGCCUCCAUCAAGGCCUUUGUAGACAGCGUCAAUGAGUUUGGCGUGUUUGCGGCCUGCUACGGCUGCUGA